AGCAAGGGAUCCCGGAACAGUAGCAGCAGCUCGACCGGUUGCCGCCAAAGCACGGCGACACCGGCAACCCCGGGGUGAGUCGUGACGCGCAGACGUACCACCUUCUCGAUCCGCGUGACCGCGCGCGUCCGCGGGCGAGCUAGCAAUGGCCGCCGUCGACGCAGCCGCAGCGUCUCCCAGCACGCAAGCUAUCCGUGUCGUGGUGGCGAACGGGAAGCGGGCUUCCUCGGCCCUCGUGCCCGUGGCCGUGCUGCUCGCCGUCGCCGUCGGGGCCGUCUCCCUGCUGCCCUCCCUGGCUCAGGCGGUGUGGGAGGUGCCACACCUGUUUCUUCUCGGUGUCGUCAUCUCCUACGGCGUCUUCGCCCAGAAGAACUCCGCGGGUGGCGACGGUGGCGAUGGUGGUGGCGGCGGUGGAGACGGUGCCCGGGCGUGGAACUCUCGGUACCUCGCCGACGAUCCCCUCGUCGUGGUCGCCGCCACCGACAAUGCGGAGAGCGACGACGACGGCGCGUGCGGCGGGAAGCCGCUUUCCUUGCCUGUGCGGAGGCUGAAGCCACCGCCACCGCCGCCGGCGCCGGCGCUCGAGGCCGAAGCCGGCGGCGACGCCAGCGACGACGACGGCAUUGGCGCAGAUACGGACAGCUCCGCGUCGACGGCAGGGUUCUGGGGCGCCGGCCCUUCGCCGCCCUCUGUUCUCGACGCCGUCUGCAGGUCCCGGAAAUCCACUGCUGCCACGACGGAUCAGCCAUCCACUACGUCGAAGGGCUUCCCGGAUUACGGUUCCCCGGUGCCUCCCGGCGACCAUUCGUUCAGCGACGACGGCCAAGUCACCGACUGGGACGACGACGACGACGACGCUGACGACAUGGGCGCGUCGACGCAAAGGACGACGUCGUACCAUGACGACUACAACGGUGACUUCGCCAACGACGACGGCGGCGACAUGUCCGUCGACGAGGAGCUUUCGGAGCUGGCGGCCAAGGCGGCGCCGGAUCAGGUGGAGGACGAGGUGGACAGGAAGGCCGACGAGUUCAUCGCCAAGUUCAGGGAGCAAAUCAGGUUGCAGAGGUUGUAGGCUUGCACGUAGCCGUCGACGACGACGCAUGCGUACGUGCAUGCAUGCGCCGGAGUAAACCCAUUACACGUACGUGCCAUUACGAAUGGACGAUUGAUCAUGACAUGAACCUGUGAGCAGCUGAUUUGUUCAUCUGUAAACGUCAUGUUUCUUGUAUCAUUUUUUCUCACUUAAUUGUUUUGUUUUGAGACCCUUUUUUUUGUGAUUUGAUGCCGUUAGGAGCCGGAUAAAAAAGGUUGUAAAUGAACGGAAAAUAACGUUCUUCCAAUGCAUCCAUCGUAUAGCUGCGGCCUUUUUCUUCUCGCUUCUGAUACGGAACAACGAG